AAUAUGAAAAAGUCCGAUCAGUCACAAGCACAUUUAUCCCUAAUUGUUACGAGAAAAAAAUUCCUUUUAAUAAUACGGCAACCGUAAGCAAGCUUCCAUCAAAGAAACUGCCGUCUUUUCGUUAUAGAGGGUUGCUAGUGAGGCCACGCUGUAAUUUUUUGCUGGUGCUUCUUCAUAAAGAACUUUUUGUUUGCCUGAAAAGGGAAACUUAGAAUUUUUAUCAGUAGUACAUGUUCGCUCUCAUCACCAAGAGCUGAAUCCAUUGCUAAAAUGCGACCGAUGUAAUAAGAACUUGUUCAGCUAUCGAUAAAAUUUGCGAUAUUAAAAUUGCCUCGCUUCCAACCAAUCAGAAGCGAGUAUUUACCAUAACACGAGUAUUGAAAGGACGAUAAUUACGCUUAGCCUGUGGUAUAAUGUCUAUUUGGUCCAUGUAACCGGAUUGUUUGCUGGCCUUGUGAUAAAGUAUAAAUUUCACGCAUUCAUGACUGCCUUAACACAGAUCUCGCUUCCUCCUGCCAUUAAAGUGUUAAUUAACGGAAACUGCAAAAUUGAAAACUAAAAUAGGAGCAAAAGUAUGGGAACAAUUUAUAUUAUGUUUAAUUUAUUUUACAGUCCGCAGAAUUUAAAAGGGCCCGAGAAACUGUGUUUUGUCUUUCAUUGUGGCAAGUCACUGUUUCGGAGACAAAACAAUUAGUUCGAUCCCUCCCUCUUGUUUUCCUCUACAAAAAGACGUCAAAAAACACUGAGAGUAUUAACAUAAUUCUCGGCCAGUUUCGCACCUCGGGACACAUAAUUGCGUAGUUUUGGAGUUUGCCUCCAUUAUUUACGAGAUGUAGACUGGGAAAUGUUAACAGAAAUCGUGCUUUACUGUAAUCUCAUUUUAAUUGUCCCAAAAGAUCAUUGACAAGUACAAACUCUUCAGUGUUGUAGGAGGAACAACUGAUAAAAAUGUCAUAAAUAUAGUUAGCUGAAUUCGAAACAAUGCAAUUAAUGUUUUCUUUUCUUUCCGUAGAGUAAGGAGGCACUGUGAGAAAGAUUAAAAGAUUGGCCAAAGAAAUGGCAGCUUCUAAUUCUACAAAUACUACUCAAGAGGGUUCUGCUGCUGUUCUUCUUGCAUCAUGUGUGGAGAUUGCUUUAUGUCUGCUCGGAACUCUGGGCAAUUCUCUGACAAUCCUCGUGGUGUUCAAGAAAAAAUCACUCCAGGUGGUUUCAAACUUUCUUUUGGCUUCUCUCGCCUUUGCGGAUUUGUUGGUUAGCGCAAUCCUAGUUCCAAUGCGAGCAUCACAGCAUAUGGCCUUGUAUAACGGCGGUACAAGCAUACCAAAGGCCGCGGUUGAGGUCGCUGGUUUUGUCGGAAGAGUGAACAUCAUCGCAUCAAUUUCCAGCCUGGCUGCGAUGAGCAUUGACCGCUACGUGGCUCUGUCGCACCCGAUGUUUUAUCUGUCGUCAGUGAAGUUUGCAAAAGGGAAAGUUUCAAUAGCAAUCGCGCUAAUAUGGGCCGUGUCUAUAUUUGUGACCUGCGUACCAAAGUUUCCUGGUGUGAGUGACGUGGCUUUUCUAGCGUUCUUUGUCGCGUUUGUCCUGCUCGUAACGUCGGUCAUUGCGGUCGCAUACUAUAGAAUUUUCAAGAUUGUCCGCAAGUCGAUCUUAAAACAGCGUUCGAGCGGCAGGAUGGCAAACAAUGUCGUGCGCCUGUCGCGCUGUUCGACUUUAGAUUCCAGACGUCGUCCCUACGUGGAUGAAAGGCAGGACAAACAGGCUUCGGAGACUUAUGUUCAGAAAAGGGAACACAAAGCAGCCAACACUAUUGCGAUCGUGAUUGGAGCGUUCAUACUUUUGGUGUACCCUCGCAUUAUUCUCAUCUUGUACCAUUUCGCCGCACCAGAAACAGCAGUAAGCCAACACGCGCGCUUCUGGAUUCGGAUUUUAUUGUACAGCAACUCGGUGGUAAAUCCCGUUUUGUACGCGUGGAGACACAACGAAUUCAAACGAGAAUUCAAGAAGAUUUUGCGCAAGUGUUGGCGAUUUUGCUUGUGUCACAAAUGGGUGUAUUUGAAAAGGUACUCUUUUAACAAAACUUUCUCCACGACAACGCUCGGAUCACAAAACAUGGACGGGGACAGUCAACAAAAAAGCAGCCCCCGAAAAGAAAAUUGCUUGUAAAUAAUUGUACCUAGCUUAGUUAGCAAAUGUCGGAGAGUCCUUUUUUCGGCUGCCUACACUUGACUGUUUGUGGGCAUAUUUGUUAAGAAGGCAGUCGAGACUUCAGCGAUUACUGUACCUGGUGAUUGGGCCAUUCUCAAUUUGUCGGCUGUGUAAAUUUUAAAAUAAUUCUCAGGGCUAUGAAUUAUGCAACGCUGCCUUGGAAAAAUAGAUCGCCUUAUGGUAGGGUGUUGUUCUACUGAACGGCAAAAACAGUUUUAGGGGUAUUAGGUGGCUUCAAUUUUACCAAAUAAAAAGAAAUGGCAUUGGACAACA